AUGACUACCCUAACAACGUUUCCAGAAAAAAAUAAAUGCCCCCAAGUGUGCACUGACAUAGGCGCGUUUAAAAAAGCUGAAAAAACACCAGAACAAGUAAAAGAAGAGAUUCAAUUGGCUGAAAAUGCUAAAGCGAACACUACAACCGCUGCAAAAAUAACCAUUCCUGAGUUACAGGACUUAGAUCCAACCAUGGUUAAUUCGACACUUAGGGAGGAACAUUUACCACAAUUGCAGCCAGCGGCAGACGGUAAAGUCGACUGGACCCCACUCGGCAAUAUGACCGGUACUCGACCCAGGGUUAGUAAAUAUUCUGUUAGUCGGUAUUCUCUCAGUGAAUGGAGGAGACAUAAUGAAGAAGUACUUGAUUCUAGCGUUAUAACUGAAUCAAACAUAAUUGAUUAUAAUGCCAAAACAUCUAUGAUGCAAGCAUUCGGUAACGUAGAUAAACAGCAAAAUGACAACAACGAGAGACUCAAACAGAAAGCAAGGGACAUAUAUAGAUGGAAAGUAGAAGUGGAGAGAGCUUGCAAAGCAAUUACGGAGGAAGUUGAGUUGUUAGAAAUCGAAAGACAGCGUCUCAAAGGCGCUUCAAGAGUUCUUAUGCUUCCGGAAUCAAUCUCGAAGGAAUGUUUGGAUCUACGCUCAAACCGCUCUGAACCGGAUCUAGUUUCAGAUUUAGCUGAACAGGAGCUGAUUAAAGAGAUGAAACUUGUAAGCGAGGUAAGAGCAACUCUUAAAAACACUCUAGACAAAAUUGAAGAACAAAUGGCUAUAAACAAAGCUGCAAAACAUAGGAUUGAAUAUGAUUGGUGCGAUAAAACAACGGCAUAUGAAACAGAGACCACCAACAUAGGUCUUAAUACAAAAACUAACACUAUUAUGUUUAGACCGGGUGCAACAAGAUUCGGAGAUUAUACUGCGCCUGUAGAGUAUUGGGAAUACUUCUGCAGAGAGAAUGUGCAGAAUUGCGAAGCAGCACGUCAGAAAUCUGCAGAUUUACGAGGCAGUUUAAAUGCAAUUUUAGUUAAUGGAGGUAGAAAGCUAAGAAAUCAAGCAGACCGAACUGAUAUGGCCAUAGCAGAAACUGUAGCUAUAACUCAAGAACUGUGCACUAAAUUAGAAGAAACUCUUAGACAUACUUUACAGAGAAUUGCAGACAUGGAAUCAUUGAUUGAUGAUCUCAAGGACUCUAUUAAAAAGAUGGACGCGGCAAUGAAACUGGCACAAACACGGCUUGACAAUCGAAAUACAUCUAGACCCCACGGUGAAAAUGUUAGAGACCUGCCCCAUCUUGGUUUGAUAGAAGAAGUGAAGAAAAUACACGAAACUGUGUCGUCUCUUCUCGGACAGUUGAAGAAAGCCGAGAAAGUGAGACAAGACUUAAUGGAGAAGAGAAUCGUUUUGGAAAAAGACAUUGCUUCAAAGAGGAAAACCCUGAACAUAGACAGAGAUCGAUGUGGAAUGGUCCGUUCACAUUAUCCUUCGGCUUUAGAAUUGGCUGGAUAUUGA